AUGCCACAAGAAAAAACUGAAUCUAGUGACAAUCCAGAAGAAAUGGACUCCCUUAAUUUUGGGGACAAAGAUGACGCAGAUUUUAAAGGCAGUGCGGAUAGUAAAUCGAAAAAAUCAGGGAAUACGUUAAAAAGGCGCCGAUAUAAAAUAUCUAACAAGAAACAUGACCGCAGAAUUGAUGUUUCAGCAUUUUUGGAUACUGAGGCCAUGGAAGAUGAGGAGGACGAGGACUAUGAUUAUGACGAUGGGAUAUUAGACUUGUCUAAGGAAUCUGCAGAGGCAGAAAGGCUUGAACAGCGAAGAAUUAGGAUGGAAAGUUUGACUAAAGAUGGGAGAGAAAGGAGAAGGGCUGGGGGUGCAGCUCAUUUGGAAACUGCAAUUGACAGUCUGACCAAGCGUUACCAAAAUCUACACGAGUCAGAGGAUGCUGAUGAACUGGCUGAUGAGCUGGCUGAUGAGCUGGCUGAUGAACAAUUGUUUGACAUGCCUAUAUACGAUGAUGUAAGUGAGUCCACAUCGUUCCUACCAGACCUUUCCGAUCCUAAACUAUGGUUAGUUAAAUUAUCCAAAAGUGGAUUAGCCAGGGAACUAGCUAUUUCAAUUCAAAACAAGUUUUUCACGCUCAAACGACGUGGCAUAGACUUGGGAGUGUUCUCCUCAUUUGCUUCUGAUACUCUGACUAAUUAUUUGUACAUCGAAGCAGACAACAAACGGGAUGUAAUAGAUGCCUUAACUGGCUUGAGGAAUGUGUACAUAAAUAGCGUGAAAAUGGUCCCAUUAUCUGAAAUGCCUUCAGUGUUUAAUGUAGUACUACCAGACGCGUCAAUACCACGCAUUGAUGAAUAUGUACGAGUUCGGACUGGGUUAUACAAAGGAGACUUAGGGCAGGUGUUCGAGGUAGAUGUUAAUAAUGGUCGGGUCACGCUCAGAUUGAUCCCUAGGCUAGAUAUGCCAACAAAUGAUCAAUUGCAGUCAUCAUCGCAAUCCCUAGAACCAACGGUAAAGAAUGUGAGUGCCAAUGGCAGUACUGGCACUGGGUUUAGUGGUAUGAAAAGACCGCCUAAAAACUUUUUCAAUCGGUUGGAGGUUGAAGAGGCUGGUGGCUUGCUAGAAGUUGGAUUUUACCCUGGCACUGUGCGAUACAACAAUCAUACUUUUGAAGACUCUGGGCAUAUCCUGUACAGAAUCAGCCUCAAGGGAAUUGUUACGGGUGCUCAUGUUGAGGCUACCCUUAAAGAAUUGAAGGAAUUUAAUCAACGCAGGAAUGUUUCCUUUGACCAAGAGGCCCUUAAAGUUACCAAGGCCAAACGAACGUUGGGUCUAUAUAAGUUGGGGGAGAGGGUGAAAGUUAUUAAGGGCGAGCUCACUAACUUGAAGGGUAAAAUAAUUGGCGUGUCAACGAACUAUGUGAAAGUGGACACGGAGGAGUUGGGAAUUGACAGUUUUGAUGUGCCUUGGGGGGAUUUUGUCAAGUAUUUUGAGGAGGGAGAUUCAGUUCGUGCUAUUAGCGGCAUUAACGCUGGUGAGACUGGGUUAAUCAGCCUAGUGGAUCUUCCUAACCGUUCUGCUGUAGUCUUUUCGCCACUUUCGGGACAAGAAUUUAGAUGUUCAUUGGAAAAUUUGUCGCUAACUAGAUCUGAAGGCACUGGAGGACAGAAACUACUCAGCCUAAACGGUUAUACAAUGGGUGAUUUGGUACAACUUACAAAUGGUACGAUUGGUGUGUUGGUCUACAUUGACAAAAAUAGGAUAGCUAAGUUUUUGACAGUCAAUUCACAGCUUAUCGUGGGCAAUUUGUCGCAGAUUUUGUGCAAACGGAAUAAUGCCGAUCAAGUGACAAAGGAUGCAAAUAUGGCAAGUGUCCGCUGCAAGUGCAACGUUAUUAUUUCAAAGGGCCCAUUGAAGGGUAAAAAUGCGCUAGUGCUUCACAUUUGGCAAUCGUGGGUUUUUUUAAUGUUGGCUGAUUAUGCCCGAGGAAAAGCGGGUGCAAUUCACCAAUAUGUUACGGAAACCUCCGUAACAUGUUUGGAAGGUGAAGAUGUUAUUUGUCUCAAUCCACACACAUCCAGCCAAUCACCAACUCACAGUCUCGGUUCUAACGACAAGAAACAAUUUGACGGCACAAAUAAUAAUACGAGGGGCGGUAGCAGGUAUAUUAACCCCUUUAUUGGCAAGACUGUAAAGAUUUUAGUAGGCAGGUAUAAGGGAUUACUCGCGGAUAUUGUUAAAGUAGAGCCAGAUCGAUUUACAGUAUUGCUGAAGGUGAAACCGCAGACAAUGCGGUACAAGAAGGCAGAAUGCUUGGUAAUUGAUAGUGUCGGAGGCGGUAUGGAUUGUGGUUUUGAACGCACACAUCAUUCCUCUAGAUUUUCUAGCAAACCACCAUCACAUAUCAACACUAGUUCUAGUGCUGAUGGUGAUAAGGGUGAUGAUAGACAUAUGCAAUCUGUACCCAAAAUAUCAUCCGAUAUUAAUCGCAACAUAUUAUUCACCCAAAAAUAUUGUAAAGGUUCUGUAGUAGAGAUCACAGGCGCCGGGGCUUAUCAGGGUAAAACUGGAAUAGUUGGGGAGACGAUUUCAGGGUCCCGUGAAACAGAUUUCACGAUCUUACACUUGUUUGUAGACGACGACUAUAUCGCCAUAGCUUCUGAGUCUGUAAAACCAAAAAUUCCAUCUGAAACUAGUCAACAAGUAAUUGUUAUGCAAAAUGGAAUUAACAUGAACAAGACAGGGACAUUGGUUCAACUGGAUGGUACUAUGGGCGUUGUACAAACUAGUACCGACUAUCUGUCCGUGCCAGUUGAGCAACUAUGUCUAUAUGUAUCUAUGUGA